CAAUGACCUAAUCAAAGUUUAGCAUGUUUUAUUUGUAUCUAGUUUGUAUUGUUUUUCAAUAUACAAAGAAUAUUUAGUCAUCAGUGAAAAAAGAAAAAAGUCUGUAAUUAUGCACGGAUUAAGAGCUGAUCACAAAUCUCUCGGAGGACUGGGAACAAGUCGUUGGCUGGAAGCUCUUUGGGAACCAAGUACUGGUUUAUUUGUUCUACCAGGUGGACUUGAUAUGUUAGAUAUAACCGGUAAUGGAGAUGCUCGACUUAUUUGUGCAGACUUGGGACUACUUGGAAGUGAUUCAACGAAGAUACGUGUGUAUAAAGGAAGCGAUCAAAUAACUGAACAUUCCAUGAUAGAUCCGCCUUGCGGCAUAGUUGGAUUUUAUAUGGAGAACGGGGAAUCUCGUUCGUCCGUAGUGGCCGUAGGAGCUGGAGCCAGUGUAUAUGUUUUCAAAAAUAUGAGGCCCUUCUUCAAGUACUGUCUGCCGCACAUUGAUCCGCAUCCGAAAGAACGAGAGAUUUGGCAUAAAUGUGGAUUGGACGAGGAAUUAAACGUGCUGACUCUUGCGGACGAUUUGGAACUGUUGCUAAAAGAAAUCGGCGCGGCAUUUCUCUCACCUCGCACCCUAAAAUUUUUGUCCAUGGAUAGUAAUUUACGGUUGAGUUUUGCGGAACAAUACAGAAGAGCGCCGCUCGUCAAAGCCAAUGCCUUAACGGCAAUUGCGACUAUUCGAAAAGAUUCGUGGAAUAAUAUUGCGAGCAGUUGUCUUAUAUUAGGAACCGAAGCUGGUGAAAUUCUCGUUCUAGAUCCUAGAGCUUUUACAGUAAUGGAUAAGCAUCAGUUGGAAUGGGCGCCAGUGGCGUUUGCCAGUUGCGGUUUGUGGGCUGGCGACGGACGUAUAAUAAUCAUCGGAAGAGAUGGAAAAAUAGGAGCAAUUAGGAGAGGAAGUCCGGUGAAACUCUGGGAAUCGUUGUCUGCGCCAGCGGUGGCUAUUUCCGUUCUUGCUUCCGAUGGGGCAGCGGUAGCUGUUAUGGAUGGUACUUUAAUAGGAUUUUCAAACAGGGGUAUAAAAUUAUGGCACGUUAGUGUCCCUAGCAUAAUACUGGACUUAGUGAGUCUGCCUGUACCUCAAAACGGACUGUCCUUAUUAGCCGUAAGCACGUUGGGUUACGGAGUUCGCAUUUAUGACGGAAAACAUCACGUAGACACGAUAAAGAUUGCGGAACCCGUAUCUGCUCUCAAGUACGGUCGAAUGGGACAAGAAGAACGAACGAUAGCUUUGGUGACUGUUGGCGGUGGUUUGUGUAUGAAGAUUCUAAAGCGCACCGCCGAUUUCAACGUGAACAACUCGACCACAAGUUCAUUACCGUGCAACACGUCCAAGUUCUCGAUACCGAAAAAAACACGAUUGUUUGUUGAUCAAACAAUAAGAGAGAGAGCUGAGGCGAAGAAAAUUCAUAACACAUUUCAGCAAGGUUUUCUUCGUUUGAGUUUGGCCACGGUCAAACAAGCGGUCGCACAAGCAAGCGAACAUCAAACGUCAAAUUUGGUUCCUAUCACGUUAGAAGCGAAUGUUCUCGGUUUGGGUCCGAAUUAUAUGGUUCGCGUAAUAGUGACAAAUAUAUCCGAGACCUUAUCUUGCUCAGAAUUGUAUAUUCUAUGCAGAGGUCAGGACGCUGACGUGAAUCCAUAUACAAUAGAUUUGCCUCUGUUGCCAAGCGCCACACCGAUAUCUCUAACCAUUAGCGUAAAUUUAACAAGUCAAAUAUCGGGAAAACUAAAAAUAUUAUUGUGCAAGAAAUCGCGUCCAAAACCUUUGGCUGUAACGGCCGUAUUAUUGCCUACCGUUGAGACAGAUUUCGAAAUAUAA